AUGCGGUGGCCCGCUCGAUUGCGACAAUCUGGGUCACAACGUCAGCGGCAAUUUGCGCAACUUGGUCACUGGGAGAAGCCACAUAGUCAGCAUAGCCGGCGCGACGCGACAACGCUUACGUUUCGGUCAGUUGUCAUUGCGUCGCUCACCGUGUCGCCUUGGUGGUACACCGACCGACCGCAGGACAAGCAAGCAAAAGAGUCAUUUAUUGCGGAGAGGCGAGGCGAGACGAGACGGGGCCAGGUGAGGUUCACCUGA